UAAAACAUUUCCAAUAGCACCAACUGUUUGGUGAUAGCAGCGCCAGUGAGGGGAGGCAGGGACAGGGAAAGGGGCUUUUCUAUGGCCACCUUGGAAAGCCAUGCAAGAUCCCUGGCUCAACCAGAAAAAAGAAGACAUCCAAAAACAGUUCAACUAAAUAAUCGCAUAUUAGUUUUACCUCUGGGGGGAAAACAACCGUAACAAAUCUUACUCAGUCAGCACAGAGCCUUUAUGAAGUUCAUGACUCUGAAAUCGAACAGCGAUCAACAGAAGAAGAGUACUGAAAUAAUCAAAGGGAAUAAGAGAUAAUUAAGUAGACUAAAAUGCGCGCCUGAAACAAAUUGAUUUGAAGUGUCUAUAGAGUGCAAGGCUACAUGGAAAAUACCCCCAAAAUAUUCAAGAACAAUACAAAGAACAUAUUCUAAACACAGUGUCAAGGAUCUCUUAAAUCGUUUUAUAUGACAGGUGAAGGCGGAUCCAUUCUGACAGAAGAUAUUUUAUCUUGACCAAGAUUUUCAAAAAGUCAUUGAUUUGACUCCGCCUUUAAAACUCUUUUUUUUUUGUCUGCAGUCACAGAAGGGAAGGUAUGAGUGGAGGUCGUUUUGAAUUUGAUGAUGGUGGAGCUUAUUGUGGUGGUUGGGAAGGUGGCAAAGCCCAUGGGCAUGGGAUCUGCACCGGACCUAAAGGACAGGGCGAGUUCUCCGGCUCCUGGAAUUACGGGUUUGAGGUGGUUGGAGUCUACACCUGGCCAAGCGGAAACGCCUAUGAAGGCUUCUGGUCGCAAGGGAAGCGCCAUGGUCUAGGAGUUGAGACUAAAGGACAUUGGGUUUACAAGGGAGAAUGGACUCAUGGCUUCAAGGGGAGAUAUGGCUUGAGGCUGAGUGUUGGUAGUGGGGCGAAGUAUGAAGGAACGUGGAAUAACGGAUUGCAAGAUGGAUAUGGCACAGAGACCUAUGCUGAUGGUGGCACAUUUCAGGGCCAAUUUACUGGCGGCAUGCGACACGGGUACGGAGUACGUCAGAGCGUGCCUUACGGCAUGGCGGCGGUGGUUCGCUCCCCUCUCCGCACUUCCCUCACAUCCCUCCGCAGUGAGCAAAGUAAUGGCACUCUGCUCCAGCAGGACGUCCCCGUCAUCAUUGCCACCAACGCCGCCGGCCAGGAGGCCCGAGUCACCACACCCACCCAGCUGGGACCCUCCCGGGGUGGCUUCGCCCUCACGCUCCAGGUGGACCCAGACGCCGUCAAGCCCAAGAAGAAGGGCCUGUUCCGAAGGGGGUCUCUCCUGGGGAAACUGAAGAAGUCUGACUCCCGUACUUCCUUAUCCAGCGUGAGGAGUAAGCUAAGCUUCCUGGGAGCGAGGAGCGAGUCAGCGUUGAGUUCAGCAGCCAGCGAUGUGGCCAGCGAUGCCAACUCCACCAUCAGUCUGGGAGAUGAGAGCCUAGCCGGGGCAGAGGAUUUCCCCCCUGUGGAGGCCGACAUCGAUGCCACCACCACAGAGGUAUACAUGGGGGAGUGGAAGAACGACAAGCGUUCAGGCUAUGGAAUAAGCGAACGUUCCAGUGGGCUAAAGUAUGAAGGCGAAUGGCUGGACAACCAGCGACACGGCUAUGGAUGCACCACCUUUGCGGAAGGAGGGAAGGAGGAAGGAAAGUAUAUGAACAACAUGCUGGUGAAGGCCAUGAAGAAGAGGGUUAUCCAACUGAAGGGCAGCAAGAUCAGGCAGAAAGUGGAGCGCAGUGUGGAGGGAGCUCAGCGGGCGGCGGCCAUCGCCAAACAGAAAGCAGAGAUCGCUGCCUCCAGGACGACCCAUGCUAAGGCCAAGUCAGAUGCUGCCGAUCAGGCUUCCCAGGCCUCCAACCAGGAGUCCAGCGUCGCCAGGGUGGUGGCCAGGGAACUGUCCCCUUCCUUUUAUCAGCCAGGCCCAGAGUACAUGAAAAAGAGAGCAUUACAGGAGAUCUCAGAGGCCAAUGAGCACACAGACCCUAUAAUGCAUGAGCAACUGUUAGCAGAGCAGCCACUGACACCUGCUGAAAGCCCAAUGCUGCACGACAGGCCUGGCUCCACUCCAGCCUGCACACCCUCCCCCAGCCCGGCCAUCACCCCUCCAGCAUCCAGGCACUCCAAACAGGGCAGCAUCAGCAAAGAGGACUCCCAUCUGCUCGGCCCUGCUGGCUGGAACGGGGACAAAGGUGGUGGAAGUCGGGGGAGCAGCCGUCCCAACAGCAGAACCAACAGCCGACCCACCACCCCCUCGUCCAAUGUGGCCACCACCACUUCCGCCCCUGCCACUGCUCCCCCUGAAGAGUGCCCCACUUCUGCCCCCAUUAGCAGCCGGGGGAACUCCCGCGCCUCCAGCCGCCUGAGCAACAAGAUAGAGCAGGGCUCCGACCUGGAGAUCAAGCCCCUGGAGAAGACGAUCUCUGAUGCCAAAGUGUCCGACGCUACUCCCUUGGUAAGGACCAGUGUCACCUACUCAGAAGGACCAGUGUCCUUGGUAAGGACCAGUGUCACCUACUCAGAAGAAGAAGUCCCACCCCCUCAUCCCGCCUCCAAAGAGUCUUCCAAAGCUGCCGUCACCCCCGAGCUUAAUGAGGCAGAGCCCAAACAAAGAACAGAGUCGGUCAAUGAACGACCAGUGUCCACUGUAUCUGAGAGCAAACCAGGGUCCAGCACUCAGUCUGUUAAUAAAGUGUCACCCAAGCCAUCGCCGUCACCCAAGCCAUCGCCAAAACGAGAGGCCAGUCCGGCUUCCAAACCUGCCACACCUGCACCCAAACCAGCACCUAAGGUUGAACCCAAAGCGGAGGCCAAGCUGAUGAAGAACAUGGUAAAGAGCCCAGGUGCAAGUGAAGUUACAGAGCUAGAUGAAUUUGAGCAGGGUCCGAACACCAUCAUGAUAACCAUGGUGAUUCUGCUCAACAUUGGCCUGGCCAUUCUCUUCGUACACAUCUUGUCAUGAAACUCUGUCGACCCAGGUCACCAGCUUGCAUUGGUGUUGAGGUAAGAUUGCCCACAUUUUUAAGCAAGGAUCAUCCAGAACAAAGAGUCUACCAAGAAAUUCAAGCCUUAUAUGGAAGGAAACUGACAACAGCUUCUCCACACACAGCCUCUUGUGACUGUGUUGAGGCUCUUUGAGGCCAAACUGAUUUUCAGUCUUGGAAUAUCUGGAGCCGAAUUGAAGGACAUAUGAAUCCAUAUGAAUCGAGACUACAGGACAUCAAUGAAUCUGAAUGUCAGGAAGAGGGUCUGAAUGGACACUGUGCUUGUAAAGGGGGGAUCCACUGGUGAGUUUCAGUAUCUACACUGGAGAUGUUGUUGCAUGUUAUACACAAGUUAAGUCUACGCUAUCAAACGGCUUAACACCGACAGAUUAGAGUGGUUGUUGACUGGACAGGUGAGGUUGUGUUCACACAGUUAGCCCAAUUCUGAUAUUUUUUCCUCUAAUUGGUCUUUUGACCAAUCAAAUCAGAUCUUUUCACAUCAGAUCUUUUU